AUGUUACGCUCUCUACAACUCGGCGUGACGGCCCUUGGGCUGCUUGGUGCAGUAUCCGCUCAAUUAGUGUCAACUGGCUUGUCCGUCACGCUCGAUCAGAUCGAUUACUUUGUCUCUCCUUACUCAGCGGGGAAUGUGACGGUGUCGGCAGCCUUCCUGAAGGACGUCCCCAGUGUCAAUGGCUUCUACCCCGUGACUGUUGUUCAAGAGGAGGCAGUUGAGGUAUCAUCGUUGCCCUCUCUUUUCUCAACAUGGACGGAUGUGGAUGAUGUGUUUACACCCGCCUUCCUGGGUGCAGUCUUAGUCCGUGGCUACAAACCCGACAAUGUCACUGCAAACUUCAAUACUUCCCGCUCCAGUGUUCUCGCGCCUUUGGAGUCUAGGGCUGUCCCAUCAGGCCCGUACUUCCUCGAACAGGCAACUGGGAAGCUUUAUCCAGUCUAUCGUCUGUAUAGUGACUUUGCAGGAGCCUUUACACAGCCACUGCUCCAGAAGCCAGACGGCACAUUCCAGCCUUUGUCGGCCCAAGUGGCCGGUCUGGUCUCAUCCACAGUGGGUGUGCCCUCUCGCAUCUACUAUACCCCCAGCCAUGAGAAACCGCUGGCCGGGGCCCGUGUUGGCGUCAAGGACAUUUACAGCCUCGCUGGCAUGCGGCAGAGCAACGGCAAUCGAGCUUGGUACAAUCUGUACGGAGAGAACAACGUCACUGGCACCGCUGUUUCGCGUCUGAUUGACGCGGGCGCCAUUAUUGUCGGACUACAGAAGCCCUCUCAAUUUGCUAACGGGGAGACCGCCACGGACGAUUGGGUGGACCUUCACUCGCCCUUCAACCCACGUGGAGAUGGUUACCAGGACCCUUCUUCCUCCUCGUCGGGCGCGGGUGCUUCCAUCGGCUCCUAUGAAUGGUUGGACCUGGCUCUGGGUAGUGACACUGGUGGUUCCAUCCGCAAUCCUGCCGAGGUCCAGGGAGUCUACGGUUCUCGUCCAUCUCACGGUCUGGUCGAACUCGACCAUGUCAUGUCCAUGUCUCCGGUACUCGACACUGCAGGAGUGCUGACAAGGGACCCUUACCUGUGGGACCGAGCCAACCAAGCUCUCUACAGCACAAAUUACACCUCGUUUCAUGGCAAAUCAGUCCGCUAUCCCAGCAAGCUAUACACUAUCGAUUUCCCGACGACCAAUGACUCUGCGGCAGAUGCAUUGCUGGCCGGAUUCCAAAAGCGCCUGGCCGCAUUCUUGAAUACGACGGCCACCCCGCUGGACCUACCUGCCGAUUGGACGUUACAGCCGCCGUCCGGCGCACCCGCCAAUGUCUCGCUUGAGACGUUGCUUAACCUGACCUACCCAAUGCUCAUCACCAAGCAACAGAUCCCUCUGGUUAGGGAUCCUUUCUAUGCCGACUAUGCUGCGAAGCACGACGGCCGAGUUCCCUUCGUCGACCCCGUCCCUCUCUCCCGGUGGAACUGGUCCAUGGCGUAUCCUGACUCCGCACUGGAUGAAGCCAUCCACAACAAAACGCUCUUCAUGGACUGGAUCGCUGAGAAAUACCUCACUCCAAUCUCCGACCCCGAGCAGUGCUCCUCGUCGCUUAUUGUCUAUGUGGGCACCGAUGGCUCCCAGACAGCGCGUAAUGUCUAUCGUUCGCUCCCUGGUGCGCCCUCGGGCUACAGCAAAUUUCUCAUCUCUAAUAUGGCUAGUGUGCCGGACUUUGUCAUUCCCGUCGGAGAAAUUGAAGCCUACAGCACCAUCACGCAACAUGAGGAAAAAUUUCCUGUCGCCAUUGAUGUUCUGGCUGCUAAGGGAUGUGAUGGGUUACUUGUUCGAUUGGCUCAGGAUUUAUUGGAGGCUGGUAUCAUUAGUGCUCCUCUAACGGGUGGGACGUUGACUGGUGGACCGGUCUUCAGUGCAUCCCUAUUCGGCCUGGCGUAUGCAUCAACCCAGGCCGUUCUCCAGCCAGAAGAACCGUCAGACUUCCGCACAUUCCACAGCCCAUAUUCCCCGCACCACUCAAUCCGCAUCCGACAGCAGAAUGAAUCGCUUUGCGCUGCCCAUUCCGCCCAAUACACCGGCUGGCUCGACAUUGGCCAUAAGCAUCUCUUCUUCUGGUACUUCGAGAGUCAGAAUGACCCUGCCAAUGAUCCCCUGACUCUGUGGAUGACCGGAGGUCCGGGCGGUUCCAGCAUGAUCGGUCUUUUCGAAGAAGUCGGACCAUGUCUGAUCAAUGAGUAUGGCAAUGGCACUUACUACAACCCUUGGGGAUGGUCCCGGAACUCGUCGCUGCUGUUUGUCGAUCAGCCAGUCGAUGUGGGGUUUUCGUACGUUGAUGAAGGCGAAGAACUGCCAGGCGAUUCGCAUCAAGCUGCAAUUGACAUGCAUCGCUUCUUGCAGUUGUUUGUUUCUGAGGUGUUCCCGCAUUUGCAGUCCCUUCCGUUUCAUCUUUCGGGGGAGUCGUAUGCCGGUCACUAUGUCCCUUACCUCGGCAGCCAAAUCGUUCAACAGAAUAAGCUCUAUCCCAAUGAGCCCCAGGUCCUUCUGCACUCAUGUCUUGUAGGCAACGGCUACUAUUCGCCGCGCGACACUACCUACGGCUACUGGGAAACACUCUGCACCACUAACCCUGGCGUACCCGAGCCGAUCUUCAACAAGACCAGAUGCGACAUCAUGGCUGCCAACAUGCCGCGAUGCAUGGAGGUCUUCGAUGUAUGCAUCCGGAACCCCGAUCCAGCCAUUUGCCAUGCUGCGUCGGAAGUAUGCUACGAGGGCAUAAUCGGAUGGUAUGAUGACGAGUCUGGGAAGGGUGGUAGGAAUCGAUUUGACAUAACCGCACCCUGCGCCAUUGACGGCAUCUGCUACAUCGAAGCGGCUCGUAUCGAGCAAUAUCUGAACACGCCCGCAGUUUGGGCUGCUUUAUCGCCACCUAAGGAAAUCAAAGAAUACAAGGUCACAUCCGACAAUGUGCCGCGCGCAUUCGAUCGCACUUCGGACGAGAUGACGCCUGCGUCGGAGCAAAUUGCUUACCUGCUUGCGAAUCAGGUGCAUUUCCUCGCGUAUCAGGGAAACCUGGAUCUGGCGUGUAAUACGGCGGGGAAUUUGCGCUGGGCCCAUUCUCUGCCGUGGAGGGGUCAGGUCGAAUUUACCUCCAAGCCACUGCAGUCGUGGAGUUCGGUGGAUGUGGUGUCCGGAAAGAGUGGAGUGGCUGGAACGACGAAGGAGGUGAGGGUGAAGGUUGGUGAGAGUACGGAUAAGGAGUCGAGGUUUGCGCUGGUUACAGUUGAUGGAGCAGGUCAUUUUCUUCCCCAAGACAGACCCGAUGUGGCGUUGGAUAUGAUGGUACGGUGGAUCUAUGGUGCAUCGUUCACUGAGUGAUGCAACAUUCGGAUUUGAGGCCUACAAUAUAGCAAAGCGCCGGACUUCUUUCCUGUUCACCGCAAUACUUCGUAACUGAAAAAACCGCACGAGCUUAUAGUCGC